AUGGAUCGCCUACCGGACGAACUCGUCCUAAACAUCUGCAAUUACUUAUCCCCAUCGGAACUCUGGUUCAACGCCCGCCCCACUUCCCGCCAAUUCUACAACUGCGCCAAAGAAGUAUUGAUACAAAAGUGCUUCCACGAGGAGCAGGUCCACUUUUCUCGGUGCUGCUUCUGGUGCAGCCUUGGACACUCCUCCAUGGAAACAGUCUUGAGAACCAUUACGCCACUCUUCAGUGACAAGCAAAAGCUGCGCAUAGCAUGCAUCAGCGACCAAGCUUUGCUUGCCAAGCUGGCUUUCGGAGGACUGUGCAAUCGUAUUGCGAGGUUCGAGCAGAAGAUCAAUGUUUCUGUCGGAGGAGGCGAAGAGGUCACAAUAACCGCUGCAGAGUGGCUGAGAUAUGUGGGGCGUCUACCUCGUGAUAUACAGGUGCGCCGGUAUGGCUUCCUGGCGUUCUAUUUCGCACGAGUCGGGAGGAAGGCAGUGGAAUGGCGCGUCACAGAACCUCUUCUGUCGAUUACGCACGUGCUAGGCUUCGUCGUGGUGGGUGUAGUAAUCGCAGUCACUGCGGUGUCUGUCCUGGUUGUUGGCGGUGCUAUCUGGGAAGCGUGUAGACUGGUCAAAGGCCUCUGGGAUCUCCUGGACAGGUUGGUAGAAGCUUGCAUACCAGAUGGACUCACGCGAGACUGA